AACGCAGCGACGCAGCGCCGAGAAAAUGAGCUUUUGCUGUUUCAGAGAGUCAAAUGUGUUUUUUCAGAUGGUCUGAGAUCAAGUUUAGCAAAGAUUUCGUCUCAGAAGCUGAGUAAUAGGUGGUGAAGGGCUUCUGUGUCAUUAAACCGGGAGAGGAAAUCUCUUUUUUUCCUCCUGGAGCUGAGCUGAGCUAACGAGGCUAACGGCAGCGAUGUUUAUUUACCUCAGCAAGAAGAUUGCCAUUCCAAACAGCAUCCGGCUGAAAUGUGUUUCCUGGAACAAAAAUCAGGGGUUCAUUGCGUGUGGAGGGGACGAGGGUCUCCUGAAGGUCCUGAAGUUAGAAACCCAAACAGAUGAUGCAAAGCUGAAAGGUCUUGCUGCUCCCAGUAACCUGUCCAUGAAUCAGACCCUUGAAGGACACAGCGGUGCUGUGCAGGUAGUAACAUGGAACGAGCAGUACCAAAAACUCACCACCAGUGACCAGAACGGCCUCAUUAUAGUCUGGAUGCUCUACAAGGGUUCCUGGUACGAGGAGAUGAUUAAUAACAGGAAUAAAUCGGUGGUGAGGAGUAUGAGCUGGAAUGCAGAUGGAGAGAAGAUCUGCAUUGUGUAUGAAGAUGGUGCUGUUAUUGUGGGAUCAGUGGACGGGAACAGAAUCUGGGGGAAGGAGCUGAAAGGGAUCCAGCUGGCUCAUGUGGCCUGGUCUCCAGACAGUAAGAUCCUGCUCUUUGGAAUGGCUAACGGAGAGAUCCACAUCUACGACAACCAGGGCAACUUCAUCAUGAAGAUGACUUUGCAUUGCCUGAUGAAUGUGACUGGCCCUCUCAGCAUUGCGGGGAUCCACUGGUACGCUGGAGCAGAAGGCUACAUCGAGCCGGACUGCCCCUGCCUCGCUAUCUGCUACGACAACGGCCGCUGCCAGGUCAUGCGCUACGAGAGCGAUGACAAUCCGGUGGUAAUCGAGACGGGUGUGAAUGUUGCCAGUAUACAGUGGAACCACUGCGGGAGCGUUCUUGCUAUAGCAGGAUCUCUCAGGAGCGCCACAGGCGAUAAAGACCUCAAUGUUUUAAACUUCUACACACCGUUCGGGGAGCACCUCCGCACCCUGAAGGUUCCUGGUAAACAGAUUACUGCUGUUUCAUGGGAGGGUGGAGGACUGAGGAUUGGCCUAGCUGUCGAUUCCUUCAUUUACUUCGCCAACAUCAGACCUGAUUACAAGUGGGGUUACUGUUCGAAUACAGUGGUGUAUGCGUACACCCGACCCGAGAGGAUGGAGUACAGUGUGGUCUUCUGGGACACAAAAAACAACGAGAAGUUUGUGAAGUAUGUGAAGAGCCUGAUGUCGGUCACCACAUGCGGAGACUUCUGCAUCCUGGCCACCAAAGCCGAUGACUCCCACCCACAGGAGGAUGCAGACCCGGAGGCUGGAGCAGCAACGUAUGUGUUGGUGCUGUGCAACUCCAUCGGGACUCCCCUGGACUCUAAAUACAUCGACAUUGACCCUCUGUUUGUAACCAUGACGAAGACUCAUGUGAUCACUGCGUCUAAGGAGGCCUUUUAUGCCUGGCAGUACCGCGUGGCCAAAAAGCUCACCGCCCUGGAGAUCAACCAGGUCGCCAAGACCAGGAAGGAGGGCCGUGAAAGAGUUUACCACAUCGAUGACAGCCCGAGUGGAACCACCAAUGGGGCGCUCGAUUUUGCCAAAGCCUUCACAGCAACCAGAGAUCCCAUCUGUUGCAUCACAGCAUCUGACAGAACCCUUAUAGUGGGUCGUGAGUCUGGGACUCUGCAGAAGUACAGCCUACCAAACAUUACCCUCCUGCAGAAGUAUUCUCUAGCCUACAGAGCUUACCAGCUCUCUCUCAACUGCAACUCCAGUCGCCUGGCUAUAAUAGACAUGACGGGAGUGUUGACGUUUUUUGACAUAGAGCCACGGGGGUCCUCUGGAGAUGUAGAAGGAGGGGCAUCAACUGGAGACCCUUCCAAAUUUGAGCGCAAAGAUGUGUGGGAUAUGAAAUGGGCCAAUGACAACCCCGACCUGUUCGCCAUGAUGGAAAAGACCAGAAUGUAUGUCUUCAGAAAUCUCGACCCAGAGGAGCCGAUUCAAACCUCUGGGUUCAUCUGUAACUUUGAAGAUCUGGAAAUUAAGUCUGUUCUGUUGGACGAAAUUAUGAAGGAUCCAGAGCGGCCAAACAAAGAUUACCUGAUGAACUUUGAGAUCCGUUCUCUGAGAGACAGCAGAGCGCUGAUAGAGAAAGUGGGAAUAGAAGAUGCGUCGCAGUUCAUCGAGGACAACCCUCACCCUCGGCUCUGGCGUUUGCUGGCGGAGGCUGCGCUUCAGAAUCUGCAGCUGAAGACAGCUGAGCAGGCGUUUGUGCGCUGUAAGGAUUAUCAGGGAAUCGAGUUUGUGAAGAGGCUGGGGAACCUGCAGAGCGAGGCUAUGAAGCAGGCGGAGGUGGCGGCCUACUUCAGCCGCUUCGAGGAGGCCGAGAGAAUGUACCUGGACAUGGACCGCAGGGACCUGGCGAUCAGUCUGAGGAUAAAGUUGGGUGAUUGGUUCCGGGUGCUCCAGCUAUUGAGAACCGGAUCAGGAGACUCCGACGAUGCUCUACAGGAACAGGCCUACAACGCCAUCGGAGAUUACUUUGCUGAUAGACAGAAAUGGCUGAAUGCGGUGCAGUACUACCUACAGGGUCGUAACCAGGAGAGACUGGCAGAGUGUUACUACAUGUUGGAGGACUAUGAGGGGCUGGAGAGACUCGCGAACUCUCUACCAGAGAACCACAAACUGCUGCCGGACAUUGGCCAGAUGUUUGUGACUGUGGGGAUGUGUGAGCAGGCAGUAAGUGCCUAUCUCAGGUGUAGCCAGCCCAAAGCAGCCGUGGAUGCCUGUGUGCAUUUAAACCAGUGGAAUAAGGCUGUAGAACUGGCUAAAAACCACAAUAUGAAGGAGAUUGGGCCUCUACUGUCCAAGUACGCCUCUCACCUGCUGGAGAAGAAUAAAACCCUGGAGGCAGUGGAGCUCUACAGGAAGGCUCACCACUUCCUCGAUGCAGCCAAGCUCAUGUUUAAGAUUGCAGAUGAAGAGGCGAAGAAAAGGACGAGGCCUUUGCGGGUGAAGAAGCUGUACGUGCUCGCCGCCCUGCUGGUGGAAAACUACCACACUCAGGUCAAAAACUCACAACAAAGCAAAGCCAAGGGCAAAAAGUCAGAGGCCACGUCUGCGCUUGCAGGCCUGCUGGAAGAAGACGCGUCCACCUCAGACAGCCGUAUCGUGGAUAAAGCGUGGCGUGGAGCGGAAGCUUACCAUUUCUUCCUCUUAGCUCAAAGACAGCUCUACGAUGGAAAUGUGGAGGCUUCCAUGAACACAGCUCUGCACCUGCGUGACUAUGAGGAUAUAAUCCCUGCAGUGGAGAUCUACUCCCUGUUGGCCAUCUGCUCCUCAGCGAAUCGUGCGUUUGGUACCUGCUCUCGUGCCUUCAUUAAGCUGGAGUCUCUGGACAGUCUGUCCCCAGAGCAGAGGCAGAUGUACGAGGACUUGGCCCUGGAGAUCUUCACCAAACACAGCCCUAAAGACAGCCGCAAGAGCCACCUGGACAGCACAGACGACAGUACGGAGGGCAAGCUGCCAACGUGCAUAGUGACCGGCAGGAGCAUCUCGGAUUAUCAGUUCUGGAUGUGCAGUGUGUGUAAGCACUGUGCUCACGAGCAGGACAUCACAAGCCACAACUUCUGCCCUCUCUGCCACUCCUCUCUGACAUGACCUGUCGCCUCUCUCUUUAUCCAUGUUGUCUUUCCAGCAGCCAGCGCUUCAUGAACUCGGCCGGCUCUGUUACUCAGACGGCUUACAGUGCCAGUCUUGAAACCUCUAAUCCAUUCGUUCGCCGUUUGGAGGCCAGCUUUUCACUGGCUUCUGUAGUUUGGGCUGAUUAGGCUGUAGUCUGCAGUGAACCCCUCAUAUCGAUUUUAAAGGGACACUCCUUCAUUUUUCUUCUUCGUCUGGCGCAUCUGUAGCACGUGAUGCGUUGCCAUUUCCUCGUAGUUUGAAGAUCAGAAAUCCUGUUGAAAAUAUUUAUAAAGCAAUCCAGUCGGAAGCUUCUGUUAUGAAUCUGUUUUUUGGGUGUUUUUUCAAGGGGAGACGUUUGGAAUCGUGCGUGUGCCAAUUUCCAAAUAUAUCCUUCCAUACAUCUUGUAACCCACACCUCUCCCCCUUUUUUACUCUUUAAGUUAUUUUUUCCCCAUUUUUAACGUUCUUAGAAACAAAAACACCAAAUAGCUGCAUACAUUAAAACUGGAGAAGAUGCCUGGUGGAAAAAAAUAUAAAUAAAUGGGGAAAAAAUGAAAAUUAAAAAUGAAUAAAUGGUAAAAUGAAUAAAGCUUCAGGGGAAAAGGAGGUAAUCACUCACAUUGUUGACCCAUUUAACCAAAAGUUUACACAUUUUGCCAUCGGCUACAGACGUCCAGAGAGGCCAUGAGGUAGUUAUAAUUCCCGGGCUGUUAUUUGGAGAAAACAAGUUAGUUAUCUUGUGAUCUUAAGAUAAAAAAGUUGAUGAAGUAACGAGCAAACGAUCUUGUGAUCUCGACAUAACAAUGUUGAGAUCUUAAGGUAACAAGUUAUUUGGUUUUAUCUUGAGAUUGCGUGUUAAUUAUCUUGUGAUCUCAAGAUGACAACGUUGUUAUCUCAAGCUAGCAACUCAGAAAAUGAUAGCAACAGCUCACGGCCUCCCCGGACCGCCGUGAUCUUCAGUCUUGGGAAGCUUCCGUUGUAAGUGUGAUGCGAGUUGACCGGUUCUUCGUUCUUGUACAGAGAAACGCAUCCACAUCACUGUCUGUGGUAACUGACCGCGUGCAGCAGAUAGAGAUCAGCUCGGACAAACACUGGACUUUUCAUAAUAAGUUCCAGUAACAUUGCAGGAGAUGUGUGAUCUCAUGUUGAAACAGAAGCCUGAGCGCAGAUGGCGCAGGACUUUAUACCACAUGAUAACUAUAUACAGUUACAUCCCGUUAUUACGUCACCACCGUCCCGUUAUUACGUCACCAUCGUCCCGUUAUUAUGUCACCACCGUCCCGUUAUUACGUCACCAUCAUCCCAUUAUUACGUCACCACCAUCCCGUUAUUACGUCACCACCAUCCCGUUAUUACGUCACCAUCGUCCCGUUAUUAUGUCACCACCGUCCCGUUAUUACGUCACCAUCGUCCCGUUAUUACGUCGCCACCGUCCCGUUAUUACGUCACCACCGUCCCGUUAUUACGUCACCAUCGUCCCGUUAUUACGUCACCACCGUCCCGUUAUUACGUCACCACCGUCCCGUUAUUACGUCACCAUCAUCCCAUUAUUACGUCACCACCAUCCUGUUAUUACGUCACCACCAUCCCGUUAUUACGUCACCAUCGUCCCGUUAUUACGUCGCCACCGUCCCGUUAUUACGUCACCACCGUCCCGUUAUUACGUCACCAUCGUCCCGUUAUUACGUCACCACCGUCCCGUUAUUACGUCACCACCGUCCCGUUAUUACGUCACCAUCAUCCCAUUAUUACGUCACCACCAUCCUGUUAUUACGUCACCACCAUCCCGUUAUUACGUCACCAUCGUCCCGUUAUUAUGUCACCACCGUCCCGUUAUUACGUCACCAUCGUCCCGUUAUUAUGUCACCACCGUCCCGUUAUUACGUCACCAUCAUCCCAUUAUUACGUCACCACCAUCCCGUUAUUACGUCACCACCAUCCCGUUAUUACGUCACCAUCAUCCCAUUAUUACGUCACCACCAUCCCGUUAUUACGUCACCAUCGUCCCGUUAUUAUGUCACCACCGUCCCGUUAUUACGUCACCACCGUCCCAUUAUUACGUCACCACCGUCCCGUUAUUACGUCACCAUCGUCCCGUUAUUAUGUCACCACCGUACCGUUAUUACGUCACCACCGUCCCAUUAUUACGUCACCACCAUCCCGUAUUACGUCACCAUCGUCCCGUUAUUACGUCGCCACCGUCCCGUUAUUACGUCGCCACCGUCCCGUUAUUACGUCGCCAUCGUCCCGUUAUUACGUCACCACCGUCCCGUUAUUACGUCGCCACCGUCCCGUUAUUACGUCGCCACCGUCCCGUUAUUACGUUGCCACCUCGCUUACAUCCCAGCCGUUUUAUACUCACAGGAUUGUGUUGCUUCGCCGUGAAGAAGCAGCUGUUUUACCGAACGAGUGCAACUCAUUGCUGUUGCAGUGUAACCUAAAUAAACCAGCUCUAGGAAAGGGACCAAAACUGUACUCAGUCAACAAAAGUGCUCAUGAAUAUUGUGUGUAAAUUAUUUUUUGUAUUAUUAUCAAUAACAAAAUAAAGGAAGAAAUGUU